AUGUAGGUGGAGUAAAUAGAAAAUGGUGAACCUUACAAAAAUGUUGAGGGGAGGAAAUUGAAAGGCCACAUAUCGUGAUGGUAGACCCAAACCCAUUUUCAGCCUCGAGGACCGUGACCAUAGUUUUCGCGCUCGGUGACAGCAUCACAAGCAGACAGCACGUGCUACUCGGGUCCACUCGUGCGUGGCCGGGGGCGACACGCGGAACGAGGCGAGCGGAGGGGGAUGUUAUGACUGAGCACGCCGAGACCAGUGUUAUGUCUGCACGAGAACGAACAUAUCUGCACGGGGGGGACUAGAAAUCCUCGCGGGAUAAAAUAUUUCCAGCUUCUCACCUUUUGUCGAUUCGCUUCCGUGAGCAGUCUGCGCAUGACCAUUGCUCUUAACAACAGAUCGCGUGAGAGCUGGAAGGAAACAGAUUGUGCCGACACAAACACUCACACCCACAUCCAGUCACCCCCUCCUCCUUCUCUACCUUCCUCACCCUCUCCAUCGCCACCAUCGCGUGCCGCGCACACGGACCGACAGCACGGCGGUGGUUGUUGUAGCUGUCUGCGAGAGGCGGCCUGCAGCGGGACGGGGCCCGCUGGCUGAGCGGUCGGGAUCAGACGCAGCCCGUAAGGCUCUCGUCUCCAAACAGAGAGAGAAAGAAGAAAAAAAGUGAAGGUCGCUGCUGCAGCGUCGACGACAACGUCGAAGGUUGGGGUCUGGCACCGGAUGUGAUUGUUGCCGGCGGUGGUGGUAGUGGUGGUGGUGGUGACACUGGUGGUGACGGCGGGUGGCUGACGUGUUGGAUGCUGGACCGAGCAGCGUGGGUUUUCGGGAGGCCGUAGGGCAACGUUGAUGGUGGUCAGCGGUCGGUGUCGUGGUUGUGGAUGUCGCUGCUGCUGCUGACGGCGCUGUUGCCGGUGGGGCUGACGCGGAUUGUGAAGGGAAAGUCGGCCACUGGGAUGGUGGUCUGCCGGCCGGUGCAGGAGGUGGAGUGAUGCGAGCGGCUGAGCAAUGAGUGUGCGACCCCAGUACAGGAAUCUAGGAAAGUCAGGAUUGAGAGUAUCAAAUAUUGGACUAGGAACAUGGGUUACUUUUGGAGGACAAGUGUCAGAUGAGGUGGCGGAGGAGCUGCUGACGCUGGCGUACGAGAGUGGGAUAAACUUCUUUGAUACAGCAGAGGUGUAUGCUGCCGGCAAGGCAGAAAUCGUUCUUGGCAAGAUAUUAAAGAAGAAAAACUGGAGGCGAUCCAGCUAUGUGGUGUCGACAAAGAUUUUCUGGGGUGGCAAAGCCGAGACUGAGAGAGGUCUGUCUAGGAAACAUAUCAUUGAAGGUCUGAAAGGCUCCCUGGAGAGACUGCAGCUGGACUAUGUAGACAUCAUCUUCGCCAACAAGUCUGACAACCACACGCCUAUGGAGGUGGUGAGAGCCUUUACACACGUCAUCAACAUGGGGUGGGCCAUGUACUGGGGUACCUCCCGCUGGACACCCAUGGAGAUCAUGGAAGCAUACUCAGUGGCCCGUCAGUUCAACCUGAUCCCUCCCAGUGCCGAGCAGGCCGAGUAUCACCUGUUUCAGCGAGAAAAAGUGGAGAUCCAAAUGCCAGAGCUCUACAAUAAAAUUGGGCUGGGAACAGUGACCUGGUCCCCCCUAGCUUGCGGAAUACUGACAGGAAAAUACGAUGAUGGUGUGCCUAUCUACUCCAGGGCAGCUCUAAAGGGCUACACGUGGCUGAAGGACAAGAUACUCAGUGAGGAGGGGCGUCGCCAGCAGGCCAAGCUGAGGGAUGUGGCGGUCAUCGCCCAGCGUUUGGGCUGCUCCUUGGCGCAACUCUCCAUAGCAUGGUGUCUGAAGAACGAGCACGUGCACAACGUCCUCCUGGGCGCCUCCACGGUGGAGCAACUGUACGAAGACAUCCAGGCGUUACAGUACCUGCCCAAGCUGACUGGUACAGUAAUGGCGGAGAUGGACAGAAUAUUGGGCAACCGACCAGUCGCCAAGCGCGAAUUGCUCAACAGGUUUUGAGCCAUUGCACUUACAGUAGUCACUUCUCCUGUUUGUGACAGCAUGGCCUUUGUUCCAUUGGCUACUUGAUAGUUUAACCCUCUGGCUGACUUCCUCUAACAUAGCAUGGCACUAAAACAUGUCACGUGUGUUGGCAUUUUUCUUAAACCAACUAAAACUCAACACACUGCUUUAAAGACAUACCUACCUGCCUGCCUGCCCUGCUUUGAACCUUGAUCCGGUUUGUCGAAUGUACCAUGGGGUGAAAAGGUAGUUCAACCGUCUGAGAGAAAUGUUGGGUUGGACAUUUUAGAAACAAGGACAGAUUGUUGGUGCAGUGGUACAUUCUACACUCUCUACACAACCUCCAUGCUAUUUCGUUGAGCCACUUGAAACAAGCUUUAACAUGGCUAGUUGGGUAAAUUAUUCAAAAUUAUUCAAACCAUCUUAAUAAUCUAUAGUAAAAAAACCACAUUUAUUCAUAUUGAUGUAACUCUUAACUAUGACUUGAAACAUGUCAAACCAUGCUUGAGUGCUUUUUUUCUGUCUUUUUUGAAUUUUUUUCUUGGUCAAAAAACUGAUUUCAUGCAGACAUUUCUUUGGUAUACAUAAGUCAGACUGUGUAUUCAAUUUUCUAACAGUUUGUGAUUGGCUGUUGAGUCUGAACUUCAGCAUUUACUGAAAGCUUGCUCGUUGUGUGGACUGCUCAUACUGUGGAAUUGUUUGUUUUGCUGACUUUAUUGUUUCUGCUGGGAGCUCAUCACCUGAGCCACACACUAUUAUCAUACAUUAUAACUGUAUUGAUGUAUAUAACAAAUGCAUGAAUUCGAUCUAUUAACAUUCAUGAUUGAGUUUAAUGAAUCUGUAUAUGAAAACAUUUUUGCCAGAUAGGAGAUCAUUAGGAUAUUUUUUGUCUCCAAAACAUAAUGCUGCAGAAGUAAGUUGCCAUUCUAAUAGUAACUGACAUUUCUUAUUGACGAGCUUCAGUGUACAGUAGUUUCAAAGGGAAGAUAACACAAAGGUUGGCUAUAAACAUCAGGCUACCAGAUGCAUAGCUGCUAUGAUGUGUACUGCCGCCGUACCGAGUCUUCUAAUCUCCUUCUCAAAAAAAAAACCCAACAAAACUCUGUGCUUCUACCCCUUAAAAAUUUUAGACCAUCCUGCGAAAUAAUAAAAGAAAUAAUAUACAACAUGUAGCAAGAGUUGGAUGACCUCAACCUCAGGAAACAUGUUCUUCCCAUUUCUGACUACUUACAACCGUUGUUGUACUGAGCUGUCAUGAUGAAGAAUGCUGUUAGCAAGCAUGAUGUUAGUUAAUUAAGUCUUGAAAUUUACUUUUCUCAAUUACUUAUUUACAUUAUUUAAACAAAGAAAGGAACCUGCGUUAUUAAAACAAAGUGCUUUCUUAGCAAAUGAUUUACUGAUGUUUACACAGCGACUGUAGAUCACGCUUCUCUUAUUUUUUGAAACUUUCCUGAACAAAUUUGUGGACUGGAAUUGGUCCUUAGUUAUCUGAGCUUAGGGAAGUAUACAACUCUGUUAGUUCACAGGCUUCUGGUAUCCAAUGAGAUUUGGAAAUGCUCCUGAACAUCAAACUAUAAGAGUGCUCCUAACUCUCCUAUUUACUUGUGAGUGCUCCUAAACAACUGUCUAAGAGGUGGCAGAUUCUUCGAUCGAAAGCAUCUCACGGCCAACAAUCUUACCGUGAGACACAAUCUGAGUUUUUGUCGAUUGAGAUUUUAAAAUAUUGCAAUUCUAACAAAACCUUCCACCAUGCUCGCCAACAACACAGCAAGGUGCACUAGUCGUUGUUUAUAAAUACCAUCGUUUCAUCCCAAUGGUGCUGAACACAUGGGUAGUCGCCGUCGCUCCAUGACGUGGACACCUUUAACCGUUGCCAAUAAAACCAUCUGUGAUCCAAGAGGCCUUGACCGCGCGACAGCAAAUAACAUGCACAUUCACUGCCAUCUCUCGAAAACUUGUCAUCUGUCACGGAGACCAUCAUCGCCAGACACCUUGUCAUCGUUAACCAGUGGCACAACAUCUCCAGCCACGGCUUGUUACCUUGCUCCAUCUUCGUCCUUGCUCAUUUCCUCAAUUAAUUCGUCUGCGGAUGUAGAUAAUGGAUCGGUGGCAAAGUGCGACCUUCAGGCUACUCACCGACAUCGGGGUCCUAACGAGCAAGAACCCACGUGUGUGUGUUUCUUUGUUUGCGUGUAUGCGCGCUCCCUCUGAGGUAUUCAAUUAUUCAAAGAUAGCUACGACCCUUGAUGUAAAUGAUUAGCAUGUGACAUAUGUAAAAUAUUGGCUGCAUACCCUUUAGGUAGGAUAAACAUGAUAGUGUAGCUAUGCCUUGUAGGACUCGUCUGAGACUUCAGCUGUUCCGGGUAGAAGAUAUCGAAGAGUACAAUUGUGCCAACCGCAUUUCCAAAGUAUGAUCUUCCUUAUCACUUUACCCGAAAGAGUGAGUAGGGGUUAGAAUGGGGUGCAUUGCACAUCCCAUUAACCCAACUGGGGUCGAAAUCACGAAGCAAGGGUCAGUCGUUGCCCAGUGGGAAACAGGAAAUCAAAAGCAAGCGUCAUGUUCCCGUAGUCCAGACCUCGCUGAUAUUCCUUUAUGUUACUUUACCCCAGGGAAUCUUUACCCCCAAUGUAUAACUACGGCCAAACAAUACAAACAAUAUCAGUGGGGUCUGGUCACCGCUUUAAAACUACGGAUACAAGAACUCUGCUUCUUAUCAUCCCAUGUUUCCUCCAGGGCAACGACUUACCCUCGCUUCAUGGCCUCGACCCGGGUGUGUCUGCCGUUCGUGCUCUGCCACCCGACCACCCGGUUCUCUACGCCGCAUUCGUUGUCAUGUGAGCCUGAAACUAUGCACUCAAUCUUUCAGCUCUGUCUGCCAUCUGUAACCACAGUCACUGCUGUCUGCUGUGGCAGGACGAGGAUUUUACACUUUUACACUCCUUCCUUCCCCCUACCUCUUUUGUAAGAAGGGAUCUGUUGUCAAAACAGUUGUUUACGGUACAUAGCAGUGAUUACUUUCACACCCACCCAGCCACCUCAGCUAAUUUUUUUGUUGUUAUUUGAGUAACAAACAAGUGUCUAUUUAUUGUACAGAGGUAACUUCUGUCCUCCUUUUCCCUCCACUGAGAUGAUCAACUCAUAAUGUUUAUGUAACAGCGUGUUCAUGCUUAUGUACAAGUCUGUGAUUUGUCAAAUGAAGCGGUAAUUUUUGUCAAUUAAUGACCAUUUAUUUCGAUAUUCUGGACAAUUUUUGUGGGCUGAAAUAAUAAUGACCAUUUAUUUCAAUAUGCUAUACAAAGCUGAAAGAUAAAGAUGCUGAUCUGAAAAUGUCGCUCCUGCACUUGCUUGUGUCCUUUCAUAGCAUCGUCCUGUUCACACUUUUAUCGAAACACUCGAAAUAUUACUAAUUAUCUUAGUGUGUGUAGUCUCUGGCUGCAUGUCUGCUUGUUUAGUUUAUCAGUAAUACAACUAAUAUUGAAAUUGACAUGGAAUAUAUCAGAAAGAAGUUGUUUGUACUGUAUUGAAAUGAUGGGAUAAGACUCGUUGAUUAGGCUUCACACUCUCAUUAUUGCCUGGUUUGCAAAGAAGCCGUGCCAUAUUAAUUAAGAUUUUGUAUUUUGUAUUUAUAUCGUAAUGUAUGCAAUGUGAUGUAUUGUAAUUCAGCUGCUGAGUAUGAUGUAUUCCAGCGCCUCUUGUCACGACUUUCUGUAUGCAUUCUUUGCAACUGCUUCUGCCUUCUGACUGCAAUCCUGCAAACAUUGUCCACAACCUCCUGUCACUGUUAAUGAACUGCUUUUACUGGGGAAAGAGUUGGGUAUGGUCCACUGUGCAAGUGGUGUGAGGGAUACAGCUGUAAAGGUUUCAGGUGCUGCCACCUACCUCAAACAUUUGCAGUGACUCGCAAAGUGGUCAACAUUUUGUUCCAAAGAUUUUGAUAUCUAAAGUGUAAUAUGCAGAGGACAAAAUGGCAACUCAAUCGCACAAGGAUAAAGAAACUUAUACCAUUUUUCAUAUAUUUUGAAUAGAGAGGUAUACGUAUGGGAGGGUUUUCUCCCCGGAAAUGGGUUUGGUGAGUUAGAAGAAAGAGGCACCGAGAUAUGGGACAUACUUGGAGAAUAUGUGCUUUACUGGCGGAGCUGAACAGAUUUCACUUGUAGUCAUAAUUAAAUGACGAUAUUGUCAAUGUAAAUAAACUGCUAAAAUGGCAUUGCAUUUACUUAUUACAUAUUGUCUUUCAUAUCGCUCGUUAUACUGUUAAAACAUUAGGUGUUACCCGGUGGAAACAUUUGUUACAGGAGUAACUCACGCCUUUAGAUUGAUACGAUCACUAAAAAAUGUAUAUUAUAUUAAAAAGUUUGUUUUCGCUCGAGACUUCUCUGAAGCUUUUUCCCUUAAGACGCUUUCUGUUAAUCUUUAACUUUUAAACUGACAUUCGUCUCCUUUCCUCCCCUUCUCCACCCCGCCAUCUUGCUCCAAAAUAUCGCACUCACACCUCCAACCGUUUGGUGAAUACAUCUCACUGCUUCGUAGCAUGCCACUGCGUUUUUUCAGGUAAAUUAUAUUCUACCCACAGUUUGCUUGAAACCAUCAGUGUGAACACUUGUCUGUUGUCAAAGCCAAACACCUGUUUACAUUCCUGUGAGUGUUUUAGUGUUCAAUAUGUCAUAAUAAAGACCCACAAUGGUCUAAAUUUGAAUAUACGUGUGAGUGUACUCAAACCUUAACUAGGUAAUUUCUGAUAAGAACAUAUUUUAACAAAGUCAAGCACAUUCAUACAUGUAAAAAUAUUCUGGUAACGAAAGAAUAUUCAGAAGUAGAACACUUUGAAGAUUUUGAAUGCAGUGACAUACUUCACAUAUUAUAAUUCUUAGGAAACCAAUUAUUUUGAACACCUCCCCACAAAGAGGGGCAUUACAUUAUUGCCCAUUUAUAUUACAUUUUUGACUAUAGGACUAUUUCCUCUAACAAAAAAGAAUGAAAAAGUUAGAAAAGUACUUUUACAAGGAAAUAAAAAGUAAUUUAUUUAUAUUGGUGUUGUGCCUGUACCUGUACCAGUAUGUUUUAAAUAGUGUGCGUGUCCAUGUUCUAUUAAGCAAAGUUCUUCCUUAAUUGUUUUAUUGACUAAUUAAAACAUUUUGGGAGAUAUAUGUACUUUAAAUCUUUCUUUAAUAUUCAGUGGAUUGACAUAUUAACACGUUUGCCUCUAUAUAUACGCAUGCUAUACAUUCAUGUGUACACGUGGGUAUGUAUUACAUAUAGAUGUAUGCAUGUACGGUAUGUCCGCACACUUGCUUGUUUGUUUUUUGUUUGUCGGUGUGUUCACGUUUAUGUAUGUGUUUGUACUUUGUGUAUUUUGAGACACUCUUCUGUCUGCAGGUCCUCUGCUGUGCUUUGCACGCUUUUUCAUUCUUCCUUCUAGACUGCAUCCUUUUAAUUCAGAUUUUGAUAUAUGUUUACUUGUUAUCUUGAGCCAGUGUUGUCUUCAUAAAAACAUUUUUCUCGUUAAAAUAAAUAUUCUCGGUGAUGAACGGUCUUCGGAGAUGAUUUUACGGUAUGUCCGUCUGUUUUCCAGCUGUCAGUCUUCAAGUUAUGUACAUCCUAUUGUUUUUCCAGCUGUUAAUAUUGAAAUUAAAUAUAUCCUAUUGUUUUCCCAGCUGUUAAUCUUCAAGUUACAUGCGCCCUAUUGUUUUGCAGCUGCUAGCCUUUUCUAGACCUUUCUGUCAAGAGUAUGACCACGAUGAAGUAGCUCACACAACCGGCGGGUAGGACGGUCAACUGUCUUCACCAUGGUAGUGGAGGAUGUAGCAUGGACAGCAACGCUCACCUUGGUGA